AUGAACAUGGACAUGGACAUGGACAUGGGCAUGAGUGGGAUGGACUCCAGCACAUCCCCGGAACCACUUUCUGCCGCCGGAGUCGACUUCUCCAACCAGACUCAGGCGAGUGACUUCCUCGACGACUUACUGGACGAUACCUACCUCAAGCAAGAUGGCGCGAAGUACGCCAAGUUCUUCUGGUAUGGCGUCGUGGCACUGGUCGGCGUCGCGAUGCUGUUGCGCCUGGUACGCUGGUUGACACUACAACACCGCCUGCGAGAGGCAGCGCGACGGAAAGCAGAUCCAGCGAGACCGAAGCACUUUCCCUUGACAUGGCUUGCCACGGCCACGGCAAUGGGUCGAGAGAUGACAUAUUUGCAAUUCACACCGACACGAUAUGCUGGCUUCAAGGCUCCGCCACUCGGGACCAUCAUCUUGGUCCUCGUCUAUCUCGCCUUUGUGCUGGCGCUCGAGUUUGCGGACAAUAGCAUCGAGGGCGCACAAUACUGGCAGGGACUGGGUGUGCGCGCGGGCUGGCUUGCUGUCGCGCAAAUGCCGCUGUUGAUUCUGCUCACUAACAAGAAUAGCGUCAUCGGAGCCUUGACUGGGACUUCCUGGGAACGUCUCAAUGUCAUACAUCGAUGGUCUGCUAGAAUCUUGCUACUUCUGGCCAUCUUCCAUUUCGCUUUUCAGAGCCAUGGUUGGCAAAAGUAUGGCCUCAUGCAACUCGAAUGGCAGACGGAUGACUGUCCGACCACGGGAAUCGCAGCGUUUGCGCUGCUGCUGUGGAUGAACAUCAGCACAGUGGCUCCUUUGCGACACCUCAGCUACGAGUUCUUCGUUGCGCAGCACAUUGUGACAUUCUUCGGCUUCAUCGUUGCCAUCAUGCUCCAUCUGCCCAGCACAGCCCUGUCAAGUCGGGUGUACAUUUACAUCCCUAUUGGUAUUUACCUGGCAGAUCGUCUCCUCCGAUUUGCGCUUCUUGCUUGGAACAACUUUCGAGUCAGCCGAGCAUCAAUGAUACAGCUAGAGGGCGGGGUGACUAAGAUACGAAUCUCGAACCGUGCAAUCAAACGAUGGCAGCCGGGAUCACACGUCCUGCUCUCUAUUCCAAAGUUUGGCCCUUUGCAGAGCCAUCCGGCCACGAUUCUGUCAACGCCAGACUCGCACAAUGGAGACCUCGUCUUCCUUUUGAAGGGUCAUCGAGGCUUUACCAAGAAGAUUCUCGACGGUGCAAACACAUCGUCCGAGGCACUCAUCGCCGAGACCAAAGAGACAUCUGAUAUCGAGCGAAAUGCUACCAUCAGUAACGCGUCCCACGUGGCGAUUAUAGAGGGUCCAUACGGCGGCUCGCAAUCUGACUUCGCCGCUUUUGACUCGGUGCUGCUCCUGGCGGGAUCGACAGGAAUCACUUUCAAUCUUGCCCUCCUUCAGGAUCUCGCCGAGCGCUCGGUCCAGCAAGGCAAGAAGCUUCCCGUCCGAUGCGUGCAUUUGGUGUGGUGUGUGAAAAGUAGCAGCUGCGCCCGUUGGGUGAGCGAUGAACUCGCAGCAGCGCAUGAGAAGCUGCGCCGUGGUGGAAUCGAGGCGCAGAUCAGCGUAUAUGUCACCUGUGCAGAUGAGUUCGCCGAGCAAGGCAGCAGUGCUGCCAAAGAGUGCGGCUGCGAGUGCGACAAAUCGCAAGGCCCGUGCUGUUGCGUCGCGGUAGUAGAGGAGGAAGAGGACGAAAUCAGCGAAGAAAAAGAAGAAGCAGCAGACGCAGUCUCUAGGAACGUAAAGUCCACAUCCGACAAAGCGGGCACCACGACACAACUCCUCUCGCAGCAAGAAUCUGCAGCAGGCACGCGACUAUCGUUCCUCUCGUGCGCGACCUUCUUCUCGGGCCGACCCAAUGUCGAACGACUGAUGCUCCAUCUGCUCGAAGGUGCAAGUGGAGAGUCUGCAGUGGCGGUGUGCGGACCUCUGGGACUGACAUCGACCGUCCGAAAUACAUUGGUGCGCUUGAGUGAUUCGCGAGCGAUACACAAGGGAACAGGAGCGCAAGGAUGCUAUUUGCACGUCGAAAGCUUUUCAUAG